AUGACGCACAUCGCAGGCAUCAUCAGUUCCGGCAUGAGGCGGCUAAGAUCUGCUCUAAGCCGGUCCGUCAAAACGGCGCAGUCCCCGCGCGCCAUCCACGAAGAGAGCAUCGCGCGAUAUCGCCCCGGAGGCUACCACCCCGUCCGGAUCGGUGAUGUCUUCAACAAUGGCAAGUACAAGAUCGUCAGUAAGCUCGGCUACGGUGUUUAUUCCACGGUGCGGCUUGCAUGUAACCAAGAGACGAAGCGGCAUGUCGCCCUCAAAGUACUCACCGCCGACUCGUUUGGCAACGGGAACGACACGUUCGAGCUGGAAACCCUCAUGCGCCUGAAACCCUGUACCGCAUCGCCCAUGUCGCCACCAGGGGCAGCCCAUGUUCUCGGGCUUCUUGACCAGUUUGAGCAUCGCGGACCCCAUGGAAACCAUGUCUGCCUCGUCUUCAAGGCCAUGGGGCCGGAUCUGUCCCGAUUUCGAAGGCUCUUCCCGGAUCUGAGGCUGCCGCCGCCCCUGGUCAAGAGCGUCUCGAGACAACUUCUCCUCGCUCUUGCCCAUCUUCACGACACAUGCCAGGUUACACACGGGUUAGUGACAGCCCGCGGGGCCCGUCGAGGGCCUUCCGCGGUCUCUGUUUAUCCGCCCUCCUUGAUUAUGAGACUGACGGAAGACUCAGACAUCAAGCCGACAAACAUCCUCAUCGAAAGCCCCGCCAUCAACGACAUGUUUGAAAACGUACCCUCGGAGGCUUUCUCGCCGCAAGACCCCCCGUUGCCGCCGCCGCAAGACUUCUACAUGAGGUCGACACAGGUUACGUCACGCGAAGAGGAUCUCGCCCGGUCUACCGAGCUUUCUGUGCGGCUCACUGAUUUUGGCACAUCUAAUCGGUUCGACAAGCACCUGACGGAAUGGAUUCAGCCUGAUAUGCUCCGCGCCCCCGAGGUGAUACUCGGAGCCGAAUGGGAUCGCAAGGUCGACAUUUGGAAUCUCGGGCUAAUAAUAUGGGAGCUUGCCCAAAGUCGCCUGCUUUUCGACGGGACGUGGGCGCCGCGAGACUCCUAUACGCCCGAGGCACACCUAGCGCAAAUGACGGCGGUCCUGGGUGCUUUCCCGGAACGAUUGCUGGCUCGGUCGAAGAACCGUGACCUGUACAUCGACAGCGAAGGCAAUCUCACGAAGCCCUCGACUUUCCCGCCCGUCUCGUUGGAGCAGUUUUCCAAGAAUCCCAACAUCUCGGCGUCCGAUAGGACGGGUUUCCUGGAACUGGUCACGGCGAUGACGAGGAUCGAUCCGGAAGAACGCCCAGAUGCCCAGACACUCCUGGAAGCUGACUGGCUCAAGCAGGCAUGA